GAUAAACCAUAAAAGAAGAGGUGGUCGGAAUUUCCUUGAAGCUCACCCACCCACCCGUCACUCUCACGGCUCAAUCUCAGCCUCAACUUCAAAGGUCCCUUCUUCCUUUCAUAAAACUCAACUUUCUAACGUUUACCUCAAAACCAGUCAAAAAUAAAAGCAUGUAAUAUGUAAUAAAUGCCUUCUCUCACCUAACUAGCCUGGUGCCAGUUCUAGCUCCUUCUGCUCCAUAAUAAUUGGAGUGAGCCAAAGUUAUCAUCUUUUCUCCAAAUUCAUAUCUGGGUAUUUCUUGUUUAUGCCAUUGUUCCACUUUCGCAUCAACCCUCAUUUUUACUGCUAAAGCUGAUUUAGCACUUUUAAGCUAUGAACUCUCCUACUCAUGUCGCUUCAACACCAUCUUCUUCUUCCUCCUACAAGCUUCGUCCUCCUCCAUGCCUCAGUCGCGCUUCUUGUAACCUCAAGUGUCCUCUGUUGUUGCCGCAAACAAUCUGUAACUCUCAAAAGAAGUACCGCUGCUUUGGAGCUCAUGUGGAAGCUUCUAAUUCUAUUAACACUAAUCCCUUAAAAAAUUACGUAUCAGCUAGAUGUUCUCCAUGGUGGUCUGAAGCACAACCGCUGGCUUCUAACCAAUCACUCAACAAACAGUUGUUCUCAGCAGGAGCUUUAGUAAAUCCAACAACUCAAGAUGUUUCUGAUACAGCUCUUAUUGGUGAUGAUAAGGUUGGCGUGUUAUUGUUAAACCUUGGAGGUCCAGAGACACUAGAAGAUGUCCAGCCUUUUUUGUUUAACCUUUUUGCUGACCCGGAUAUAAUACGAUUGCCAAGGAUAUUUAGUUUUCUUCAAAAGCCAUUGGCCCAAUUUGUGUCUGUUGUAAGGGCCCCUAAAAGCAAAGAAGGCUAUGCUUCAAUUGGUGGUGGCUCUCCUCUUAGACGUAUGACUGAUGCGCAGGCUGAAGAGUUGAUGAAAUCUCUUUGGGCAAAGAAUGUCCCGGCUAAAGUGUAUGUUGGCAUGCGAUACUGGCAUCCAUUCACUGAAGAAGCUAUUGAGCAGAUUAAAAGGGAUGGAAUUACAAAGCUUGUUAUUCUUCCACUUUAUCCACAGUUUUCAAUAUCAACCAGUGGCUCAAGCCUACGUUUACUGGAGAAUAUAUUCCGAGAGGAUGAAUAUCUAGUCAACAUGCAGCACACUGUAAUACCUUCGUGGUAUCAACGUGAAGGAUACAUUAAGGCUAUGGCAAAUUUAAUUGAAAAAGAGCUGAAGGGUUUCAAACGCCCUGAGGAGGUCAUGAUAUUCUUUAGUGCACAUGGGGUACCUCUUGCUUAUGUGGAAGAGGCUGGUGAUCCAUACAAGGCUGAGAUGGAGGAAUGUGUGGAUUUGAUAAUGGAAGAACUUGAGGCACGAAAGAUAAAUAAUUCCUUCACUCUAGCUUAUCAGAGUAGAGUUGGACCGGUGGAAUGGUUAAAACCCUAUACAGACGAGACAAUAGUUGAGCUUGGAAAAAAGGGUGUGAAAAGUUUGUUGGCUGUUCCUAUUAGCUUUGUCAGCGAACAUAUUGAAACUCUAGAAGAAAUUGAUGUGGAAUACAAAGAAUUGGCUCUAGAAUCUGGCAUAGAAAAGUGGGGCCGUGUUCCUGCUUUAGGAUGUGAACCCACAUUCAUUUCUGAUUUGGCAGAUGCUGUUAUUGAGAGUCUCCCAUAUGUUGGUGCCAUGGCAGCUUCAAACCUUGAAGCUCGGCAGUCUCUGGUUCCACUUGGCAGCGUAGAAGAGUUAUUGGCAACAUAUGAUUCACAACGCAGGGAGUUACCUCCUCCAGUUAUAGUGUGGGAAUGGGGUUGGACAAAAAGUGCUGAAACUUGGAAUGGAAGAGUAGCUAUGCUGGCUGUGCUGCUUCUUUUGUUUCUACAAGUCACGGCAGGUGAGGAGGGUCUUCUGCACCAGUGGGGAACAUGGCCCUCUAUUAGGUGAAUGAAUCACUCACCUCAUGCCCUCUAAGAUAGAGGAUUUUAGUUUGAGUUCAAUUUUGAUCCUUUGUCAGUAUAUAGUUGUUUUAUACUAUGAUUAAUCAUGUCCUUGCGCGUAAUUUUAAAAUUUUGACUUUUCAAGUUGUUAGGAUUGUCUACUAAGUUCAUUUUAUAAUGUGUUGAUGCAUGACUAGAUCAGUGUAAAAAACUUGACAAUGGAUCAAAAUUUCAGUUUUGCUUGUACAUGCAUAAUGUGAGCAUCACAUGCUACUAAAAAUUCUAUGGCAUGUACUAGGGAGCUCUCAAGUCUAGUUUUAGAGACUUCAUUUGUGGAUGGAAACGUGAGAAAGAAUUUGAAUGCUAUUCAGAAUGUUAUUGUAUGUAUUUAAACUACAAAUCUUUGUUGAUUGGUAUAUGAGAGUUCGAAAACCAUUCGGCUGUUUUAGCUGAAAAGGAGUUAGAGAGG